AUGUUCGCCCCGUUUACCUCCACCAAGACCACCGAAACCGGUACUUCCACCUCCACCACUGGUCAAACGCAAGUCAACCAGCCCUCUUCUUCCCCUACCUCGACUUCAGAGAAUAGCAGCGGGAACAACCAUUUGUACAUGUCGAAGGGCAAGACCUGGAGUUUGACUUCUGGUUCGGGCUCCGGGUCCGGGUCUGCAUCGGGAUCUGGGUCAAGCUCGGGGGAGAAGUGUGACGUCUUUAUCGCACGCCUUUCUUACACUCCAAUAACAACAUUAUCGAUAGCCGGAACGCUUUCCAAGAACAGUACGCUCGAACUGCCCGGCAAAAUGUCGUCCUCCAACUCAGAUACAAACAGCUACCUCUCCCCACCCAGCAGCACCUCCACGACAACUUUGUAUGAGAAGACGCCGUCGUCGUCCUCUCCACAGAACUCCACUACACUCGGCAACAACCCGAUAGCGCCGCAGCACUCAGUACCCACAGCGCCGUGA